AUGGACGUAUUUGAUUCCGAGUCCGAUCAGCAGUUGGAUUUGGCAGAGAGAGAGGAGGUUCUAGGUGAACUCGAGAAGACUAUCAACAACCUAGCACAACAGGUAGAAAAAGCUCCACCGGACAGUGAGAGUAUAUCACACUCUCACCCCGACUCCAUAAAUGGUGGACUAUUACACAGUAAUGGAUGUGAGGAGAGGCAGUGGGAAUGCUUCGCCUCGAAUAAGCACUAUUAG